CACACAUAUAGCCCGCUGCGCCAGUGACCAAGAUGUUUUUGACGUGACUCAUGGUGUGGUGCUGUGAUUGUUUGUUGCCUCGAUUCCAUGCUGCACAGGCUCGCACUGUUAUUUAUAUCACGGGCUCAACAGACGAAGCAGGUAUGAUCAUGUAUGUUUCGCUAUGGGAUCAGCGUAGAUGCGCGGGUUUGCGUGCGGUUGCGACAUAAUGGUUCGUUAUUGGUAGGAGGGAGAGUGGGCAAUCCUGUUAGCCAAUGACGAUGAAACGCCCAUAGUACCGUACCGGAAACGCGCGCGUUUCCGCAACGAACCCGAAAAGCCCCAAAGUCUCCGAGUGCUCACACUGUUCUCCAAGUCGAGUAGGAAACUCUCACUAUUAAUCGAGAAGCAUCCCCAGUUCAUCUCGUCGAAAACAUGGAAAUGCGCGGAAAUCCGGUGGAAGAACAGGAAAGGACUUUCCGAGUCGCACGACGUUCAUGUGAUCAGUGCCGCACCCGUAAGAUUGGUUGUGACCGCGGCUCCCCAUGUGCUCCCUGUAUUUCCGCACGUUUGUCCUGCACCCAUAGCGCUGUGGCCUAUAGCUCUGCUAGCACUAAGCAAAGAGUAUUGAUAUCUGCAAAAUAUGAGCAGAAGAUUGAUGGAAUCGCCAGAGAUAUCGAUGGCAUCAAACAGAUGUUGCAGACUCUCCAAGUGGCUGAACAUGAAUUUCGUCCUCGCACCGUGUCAGGGCCACAAAGUACGCAGGGCAGUCCUAUGCCACUCCCUAGAGAUACACAGCUGCACCCUGAAACGAACAGUGAGAUUGUGUGGGGUCAUUCAGCACACAUGAUCGAUUUCAUCAAAGCUAUUGUUAGAGAUGGUGCCUCCCGAUCGACUGGGCCGGAGGCAAAUCAAGUUCUCUCGACGCUGCAGAAGCUAUUGCAUGCACUCGAGUCGCCUCCUCAAGCUCUGGGACAGCGAUAUUCACGGGAAGGAAUCGCAUCCAAUCGUGAUGGCAUCAACAUGCCACCACAAGAGUCGGCUGUGACCGUUUUGCGAUGGGCGAAAGAGCAUGCAUCCAACGCUAGGAUUAGCUGGCUCGCAAAACUACUACCUCUUGAUAGAUUCACUAAUAUUUGCCAGAACUUGUACUUCUCAGUUCAGGACUACUCCGAGAUCGAAUUCAUACUUGCCAACGGGUUCCUAUCUUACGUGUUUUUCGAACACGUUGUCGUCUCAGGGCGAUCAGAUUACGCGCAGUACUCCAGGUGCUGUCGGGACAACCUAAACACCGCGCUGUCGCAGCUACCACUGUUGAUUCCAUCAUCGAUUGAAGUUGUGGCAGCACUUACAUUAGGGCCUUACACUGAACGAACUGACGAUUUAUGGCUCGCUCAGCAACGUCUCUUCUGGGCAGUCUACAGACUCGACAAAGGCAUAUCACUUCGGCUCGGACAAUCUUCCACGAUACGUGACGAAGAAAUAUCAUUAUCAUCGAUUCCUGACGAUCCAGGCGUGAGAACUGCCAGUAUCCAGGGCCGCGCAUAUAAUGAGUUGUAUAGUCCGAAGGGUCUUCUCCGUGAAGAUGCCGAGCGCGCAUAUAUCGCAGCAUCACUUGGUACAGAACUAAAGCAGUGUAUAAAUGACACACGCGACGCGAUAUUGGAGAAUGCUGGCGGUCUCUCUGCCAAUACAGCGGAUCCAGUCGGAGUGGUCUAUAUGCAGUGCGAGCUGAUAUGUCAAUAUUCUUUGCUCACACUUGUGCUCCGCGCGGUUCCUGUUUCACUUGGGGCUGUGUGCAGCAUCUCUGAAGAAUGUCUCAAAGUUGCGCGCGAAGCUCUCCGCGCACACGAGGAAUGCAUUACUACCAUGAGAAGCUGUAAGAACGAGCCGUUGAUGCUUUUGAGAUACCUCAACUGGGCCAUCGUCCAUUGUCCGUUUCCUCCCUUCAGCAUUCUGCUUACUCAUGCCAUCCAAAUGAUGGACGUACCUGAGAUAGAACACUUGGAGCGCUUUGCAGCAUCCCUAGAGCCAUCGGGUUCUACCACGAAGCCGGACACGAUAACAGAACCUCACCACCUCUACAACAUCCUUUGUAAAGCUGCGAGAUUGUACUUGGACUUCAAUACUGGUCCAGUGAGCGGCAAUUUUAUUAGACUUGAAUCAGACACCAUCCCUAAUAUUGACUUUACUGAACCGGGCUUGGGGCGCACUAGCGUAGCUGCUUUCCCGGAGUCCCGCCUUGAUGAAGGUUGGUUAGGGCAAUGGUUUCACGAAAACCAACUAGUCAUGAGCGUCCUAGACGAGAAUGCUUUCUUCUAA